GAAAAUGGAGAAAAUUCAAAUCCAUCUGAAAAUAAAACGAUCACUCAGGAAAAUUCUAUUAAUGCAAUUGAUACUAACAAUGAAAUUAUGGAAAGUAUACAAGCUAUCAUGUCGAACGAAAUCAGUGGAACAGAUGUUUUCUUCGUUCAGAAUCCGAAAGUAAACGAUAAGAAUGAGUGUUUCACACAGAAAUUAAAUCAUAAUUAUAUAAAACAAAUAAGUGAAAUUAAUGACAAUAACAUUAGAAGUAAUGGAAUGAAUACUGGCUUGAGACCCCCCAAUGCUGACUGCCUUGAUUCGGAUACGGAUGAUUUAAAUAAGGGGAGCUUAGGCACGUUGCCGAUUAUUUCGACGAUAAGUGAUGAGUUACGAGAUGAAACUUUCGUUAGCCGAUGUGAAAACGACGCUGAAACGCGGGAAUGCUUCACUGCUGUAGCUGAUCACAAUAGCGAAAAUGAAAAUGUUAGAAAUCAUGGCGAUGACGGUAAUGAGUUAAUAAAGGAUCAGGUAAACAGCGAAAAAGAGAUGUUUGCUGAUAAGUCAACUCCGUUUCCCGAAAAGGUAGAUGAUGAUUUACAAUUCAUAAAAUUAAUAGAUCUCCAUCAAUAUUCGAAUUUUCUGGCUAUUUUGUGAAUUUACUCAUACAUAUCGUUGUUCGUUCAGCAACU